CUAUAUCGGGCCGACCGAAUAAAACCCUAACCCCUUUCUUCCUCGCGCUCCUCGCUCGCUCGCUUGCUCGCAAAGAAGGGUUUCUUUAGAGUUGGGGGCAGAGAAAAAGAGGAUGGGGAAGACGGCGAAGGGGUCGCGGAAAGGGAAGAAGGCAUGGAGGGCGAACAUCAAGACGGACGACAUCGACGAGUACUUCGAGAAGACCACCAAGGACUCCCUCAGCGGCGCCGCUUCCCUCCCCUCUCUCCCCAGCGACUCCCUCUUCUACGUCGACAAGUCCACAGAUAUUCCUGUCAAAAGGAAGAUUGAAAAGAAGAGGGAGAAAGUUCUUCAUUAUGAGAGCUUGCUUCAGAGAAAUCCCUUUGUGCAACCCGUACCAUCUUCAACAUUGAAAAAGUCAAAAAAGAAAAGAAAAGAGAUUCUGAAAGAAAAAACGGAAACACAAAAUGCUUCAAAGGGUGAGGAUUCAGCUACCACACUCCAUGACAUAUGGAACGAAAAAGGUGAAGUGCAUGCCAAGGCCAAAAAGAAGUCUUCCACUUCUCUUAUUCCGGCGGUUGAAGUGGAGCCCCCAGGAUGUUCAUUCAAUCCUCCAUUUGAGGCUCAUCAGGAUUCGUUGGCCCGAGCUGUUGCAGAUGAGAUGCAAAAAAUUUACAAAAAAGAAUUGGGGCCUCAACCAGUGCCACCUACUGUUACUGGUGAAAUAGUGGCAGAAGAAGAUAAAUUUUUUCUGGAUGCAGAUGAUGGCAAUGAAAGUGAUGUGGAAGAGGGUGAGGGUGAUGUUGGCAAUGAAUUGCAUGCACAAAGAAAGGUAAAAACAAAAAUGGUAACUCAAGUGGAGCGAAAUCGGAGAGCCAGACACAAGGAGCAGCUAAAAGCAGAAGCAGAAGCUGAGAAGCUGGAGAAUCUUAAUAAGGAAAUUGAUAGUUUACCAGAUAUCUUGAAAGACAUAGCUAAAGAGGAUGAAGAAAAGCACAGAAGACAUAUGAGACGUGUUGUCGCUAAGCAAGAAAGACUAAAAGCAGCUCCACCUCGCCUAGGAAAGCACAAAUUUGAACCAGCUCCUCUUCAGGUUCUUUUGACUGAAGAAAUCUCUGGGUCUCUGCGUAAGCUGAAGGGAUGUUGCACUCUUGCAAGAGAUCGUUUCAAAAGCCUUGAGAAACGGGGUUUGCUUGUCCCAAAGGCUAAAGGAAGAAGAAGGAAAUAGACAUUAUUUGUGGUUGGAUCACAUGUAAUAGAGUGGAUAUGCGAUGGAGGGGCCUGCUCAAGUGAAGCAGGAGAUUGUGGUUUUGCCUUCUUUGUCAAUGUAAUAUCUGAUUGCCGUCCUCGGUACUUUUAGAAGUAAUAUUCAGCAGUGGAUGGUGGAAUUUGAGUACGUUUCAGGUAAUUUGGAUUGAUGAAAAUUUUCAUAAAGAGUACAGAAUUUUGUUUGUAUCAAAUGACCUCCUUGCCUGCUCCAGACCUUUAAAUUCAUAUUAGGCUUUGGAUUGC